AUGCAGAGGCAUCAAACCACCACCCAAAUCUCUCAUCCAAUAACUUACAGCAACAGCCCUGAAGAAGAAGAGUCCACUCCCCCGAAACAUGUUGGCUCGAUGUACUUCUUGACAUUUUUAAUAAACGUUUUUGAACCACACAACAUAAGUGCGUCCCUAGCAUUAAGGCGGAACCUCGCAGCCGUGAUCGCGGGCAAGAACGCGCCGGGCGCCAUCCGGCCUUUGGAACGCACAAAGCAGAAGCACUGUGGAACGCACAGGCCGGAAGUGUCGCUACAACUUCCUUUCCUGUUGUCUCAGGAAGAAGGAGAGGAGAGGGUGAUGUGUGUGGUGCCUAAUAGCGGCUGCAGGUUUGUUGCAUGGAGGACCCAACCUCGGCUGAAAGAAGUUCACAACUUUGUUGUAAAUUGGUCGACUGCUAAACUCUCCUUACUGGAAGGGCAAAGUAUGUCCCGUGCAGUGGAGGAUGUCCCCGGAAUGCUGACAUUGUACAAAGAGGAGCUGGAAGAUCCUCCACAGUCACAUAGUUCCGGAAUUAAAGUCGAGCCAUCGGAGUGUGAUGGAGACACUGCUGUAGCUUUCCCAGCCACCGUUGUUAAGGAGGAACCCCAGUGGAGUGAUGGAGAACACCAUCUGCACUCUGGAUAUUCCACACUGGAUGACCCUAGUCUUGCCUCCACAGAUAUAAAGGAGGAAGAAGAAGACUCUUGUGACGAAGACCAGCUUCCUCUCUCUAAGUCUUCUUCGCCUCAAGAUGAUACUUAUAUUGAGGAGGAGUCGGAUGGUGAAGAUCUCACAGAAGAUUCGGAGUAUGGCAGCAUUUCUCCUGAAGAAGAAGAGAAUAACAACAGCCAACAGGAGCCACCGGCAGAUGAGCAGUACAAGUGUGAUGUGAAGUCUACCAAGCGGAGCUCUGAACGCCUCAAUCACCAAAGGAGCCGCGCUGGAGAGAAACCAUACUCGUGCCCCGACUGUGAGAAGUCCUUCACCACCUGCACGUACCUGGCCCAUCACCAGAGGACUCACACCGGAGAAAAGCCUUAUUGCUGUCCAGUGUGCGGCAAACGGUUUACCACCAACUCCAACUUGUCUCUACACCAGAGGAUCCACACCGGUGAGCGCCCUUUUCGGUGCUCUGAAUGCACCAAGCGCUUCAUCAGUAACUCCCACCUCAUCAGGCACUGGAAGAUUCACACUGGGGAGAAGCCGCAUUCCUGCAUGGCCUGUGGGAAAAGUUUCAUCAGCAACUCCGACCUGAAAAGACACGAGAAGAUCCACGACGAGAACCGGCCGAAGCCAGGUUCCAAACGCGCGGAGUUCCUCAAGAGCCUGCCCGUUGACCUCGCCAAGAAGCCGCACCCUUGCCCCGAGUGCGGGAAGCAUUUUACCACCAAGUCCAAUCUCGGGGUCCAUCGAAAGAUUCACACGGGCGUCAAGCCUUUCAUCUGCCCCGACUGCGGCAAAUGUUUCGUCACCAACGCCCAUCUUAUCCGACACCACAAGAUCCACACCGGGGAGAAGCCGUAUUCUUGCUCGGCAUGCGGGAAAUGCUUCAUUAACAAUUUCGACCUGAAAAGACACAAGAAAAUCCACUUUGACUACGAAGCCCUUUCUGCCCCAGGGUCAGUAGAAAGCCUUAGCAGUGAGUCAGGUAUUGAUAAUCAAGAUAGAAUGAACAUAGUAUAGAACUCAAGGAGCGUUUUAUCGGUCGCCUAGAAAUCCUCCAACACGGGAUAGCGAGGAGCUUCCCGCCAUGAAUGUGUAGGAGCUGUUCCACUGACGACGAACGGAGAGCUUGCCAGUGAGGCAUCAAGAUGGACUCCAGUCUGUGGGACGUAACCGAGGAUGAAUAUUUUGUUUAUGAACAAUUUUUAAUAACUUUGUACUUUAGUGUACGUGUC